UAGUAGUAGUAUUUCUAUUCUAUUCAGACACAUUUGGCAAAAUUGUUUUGACACAUAAUGCGUUAUGGUCAUGCAAAGGAUUAAAAUGGCCAGGAAAUAUAUAAUUAUUUUUCCAGUCGUGAAAGGAAUUAUUUGUGUAAAGUCCAACAAACAGUACGUUUCACCUUCCUGCGCGAUACACUCAAUAUCCCGUCGGGCACCGCGUGUGACGUCACCGUGUUGUUGCGGAAGUACCGGAGCCCCCCGAGCUGCCAGUAGAUUUAGUUGUUCAGACGUUCGUCGUCGUUGUGCACGCCGCCGACACUCAGUAAUAGUUUUCCCGUUUUUGUUCCGAGUUUCUUAUCUUAAGACGCUCAAGCCAUGGCAGCCCUUAAAUACGCCGGUAUGGACGACACUGACAGUGACGACGAGUUACCCCCUGGGUGGGAGGAAAGAUCCACGAAAGAUGGAUGGGUGUACUACGCAAACCACGAUGAGAUGAGGACACAAUGGGAACACCCCAAGACUGGAAAGAAGAAACGUUGUGCUGGAGAUUUGCCGUACGGCUGGGAGCAAAACACCAAUGAGCAAGGCCAAAUAGUUUAUGUUGAUCACAUUAACAAGCGGAGUACAUAUUUUGACCCCCGCCAAGUGUUCACCGUGGAGGACGUGAUGGUGAAGCCGAAGCGCUACGACGGCAACUCGGCGGCUCUGGAGAUCCUUCAAGGUCGGGAUCUCUCUGACAAGGUGGUCCUGAUUACCGGUGCCAACUCUGGCAUUGGCUUCGAGACGGCCAGGUCUUUCGCCCUGCACGGGGCCCGCGUCAUCCUGGCUUGCCGAAACCUGUCCCGGGCCGGCAAGGCCGUCGGCAUGAUACGCGACGAUUGGCACAAAGCCCGAGUGGAGGCCAUGAUGUGCGACCUGGCUUCUUUCCGCAGCGUGAGAGAGUUUGCGGACAACUUCAAAGCCAAGAAGCUGCCUUUGCACAUUUUGGUGUGCAACGCGGCGGUGUGCACUCAGCCGUGGGCUCUGACGGAGGACGGGCUGGAGUCCACUUUCCAGAUCUGCCACCUGGGUCACUUCCUGCUGGUGCAGUGCUUGCAGGACGUGUUGCGUCGCUCGGCGCCCGCCCGUGUUCUGGUGGUGUCGUCCGAGUCUCACAGGUUCACCGACUUGUUAGACCCUUGCGGUAAAGUGGAUCUGGCGCGCUUGUCGCCUCCGCGGAAGGACUACUGGUCCAUGCUGGCCUACAACCGGGCCAAGCUGUGCAACAUCCUGUUCAGCAACGAGCUCCACCGCCGCCUCUCCCCUCACGGGGUGUCGUCCAACGCGCUGCACCCCGGAAAUAUGAUGUACACGGCCAUUCACAGGAGCUGGUGGCUCAUGACCUUCCUCUUCACCCUGGCCAGACCCUUCACCAAGUCCUUGAGGAGGAGGUAUUGUGCUUGAUGUAAACAACGGCGUUCUGAGCUCUAUUCUGGUCCCUGAGCCCACCAGAAUGACAGAAAGACGGUGACGCGAGACGGCUGGAAUACGACGUACGUACGUGGGUGACGGCGCAAGGCUCGCUAAAGUUGCCGUCACAUGACCUGGUUUUGCUUUUGGGCAUGACUGGGGGCCAGACCAGUUCCUCCACACAGAGUGCGCCCUCGCCAUAUCGCCGUUCACCUGUUGCAGAUUCACUGCAUCGGGGAUUUUUCUUCAGGGCCGUACCGUUUGUGGCAUAAUAAACGUGUUCUAGCUUGACACAUUAAAACUAAAAAUAAGAAAUUUGUAAAAAAAAAACAAAAAAAAAAAACCACAUUAAAACAUAUUACGAGCAAUAAAAUGCAUGCAGUGUUUAAGUUGGCAAAAUUCUGUGAAGGUUCAUACAGCCUGGGGUCGUCGUUCACGAGUGAGGGAAAAAUGGAGCGGGAGAUCGACAGACGGAUCGGUGCACCGUCUGCAGUGAUCCGGACUUUGUAUCGGUCCGUUGUGGUGAAGUGGGAGCUAAGUCCAAAGCCGAAGCUCUCAAUUUACCGGUCGAUCUACGUUCCUACCGUCACCGAUGGGCACGAGCUGUGGGUCGUGACCGAAAGGACAAGAUCCCGGAUCCAAGCGGCCGAAAUGAGUUUCCUCCGCAGGGUGUCCGGGCUCUCCCUUAGAGACCGGGUGAGAAGCUCGGUCAACCGGGAGGGGCUCAGUGUCGAGCCGCUGCUCCUCCGCAUUGAGAGGAGCCAGACGCCUCCCUAGUGAGGUGUUCCGGGCAUGUCGCACCAGAAAGAGACCCCGAGGACGACCCAGGACACGCUGGAGAGACCGCGUCUGUCGGCUGGCUCGGGAACGCCUCGGGAUCCCUCCGGAAGAGCUGGAAGAAGUGGCUGGGGAAAGGGAAGUCUGGGUAUCCCUGCUGAUGGUACUUCCCCCGUGACCCGACCAGGAAAAGCGGUAGAUAAUGGAUGGAUGGAUGGUUCAUACAGCUUAAAGUAUGUGUACCGUAUUUUCCAGACUAUAUGUCACACUAGCCAUAAACUCCAUAAAAAAUGGGGAAAAAAAAAACAUAAGUUGCACUGGACUGUAAUAAGUGGUAUUUUUGGGGGAAAUUUAUUUGACCGAAUCCCACACCAAGGACAGACGUCAUUGCAAAUUUAAAUGACGAACAAUUUAAAAUAAAAAUAGAAUCGAGCCAACAACAGGCUGAACGGUUUGCUUACGUGACAUGACACAACUGAGAACGUGCCUGGUAUGUUAUCGUAACAUAUUAAGAGUUAUUCCGAUAACAUACAAAAAAGUUCACCAAAACCAUCCGUGUCACUCCAAAUGUCCCGUAACUAAAAUCCGAUGAAAUCUUCAUCCUCGGUGUCACUUCUAAACAAGUCCGCCAACUGCAGCGGUAGACGACGCGCCGCUUCCUCUCCUACGUCGCUUACGUCGGACUCAUCGUCGGUUGCAGUUACAACUCGCCUCUUCCAGCCUUUCCGAAUCCCGACAGGAUGAUUUUUGGUUGUCACGGAAGCCCGGACUUCGCCAAGCCAGCCAAUGACCUCUCGGAAAGUUGGAUGGCGGAUUCACCCGGAAGCUAUGCUCUCCACCCGUCAUCAGAUAGACGGGCCGAGAGCGCCCUCUUAUGGUCGUCAUUGUAAAAGUAACAGAUAAGCGACUUGAAAAAUGGAUGGAUGGAUGUAGUAAUGUGUUAAUAAUUUCCCUCCCGGCCAAACUAUGAAAAAAAAAACUGCGACUUAUAGUCCGAAAAACACGGUAAUUUCUUGAAAAAAAAAUUCUGGUCUCUACUUGGUGGCUUUCACCUAUUGCGGGUGUGGUCUGGAAUCUACCCUCCCCCCCACAAUAAACAAAAUAUUACUCAACUCCUAUAAUUUCAGCUGCAGUCCUUCCAUUCAUUGUAAACAGAAUCCUUUCGCAUGCUCGUUUUGUUCCCCGCCCAUGUCGUUGGUUCAUAAAAAUUCAGCAUCUCUA